CUAUACAAUCUGUCUCUCAUCAUCAUUCACUCAUUCACCGCUUCUCAAUAUCCCUCUCCUCCUCGUUUUCUCCGCUCGCGCAUACCCUAACCUAACAAUGGCCGCCAUUCCAUCAUCUCACUCUUCCGUAACCGCUACCGACGGCCCCGUCCUCACCCUGCUCAACAAGCGCAUUCGCGCGCUGCGCAAAAAGCUCAACCGCAUAUCGCAAAUGGAGGAAUCCCUCUCUCGCGGUAAAUCCCUCAACAAGGAGCAGGAGGAAGCCCUCCGUUCCAAGUCAUUCAUCGUGCCCCUCAUAGACGAGUUAGAGAGGUUCCGCCGGCCCCUCCUGCAGGCUGUUGAUCAGGAAAUUCAGAUCGCUCUGGAGAAAAGUGACCAUGUUUCCGAGACUCAAUCAGAAGAUAAGAAAGCUCAGGAGAAGAGCGUGGAGCGCUCCGAGAGUGAUGAAAGUGGCGUUGUUUCCUCAGCUGUUGCCGAUCUGCUCAAAUUGGUGUAUUUUGGGAGCAUGUUUGAUGUGCGCACUCUGUCGAUGGCACACGACAACUUUAUGAGGAGGACUCAUGAGAGGAACUGCUGCCUCUCGUAUGAUUACGUGACGGAUGAUGACGCUGCUGGCGAUCCCUUGAACGACUUUGAUUUGGAUUUGGUUGCGCUGUUGGGGGGUCUUCUCACCUCGCGGCCACCGCAUUCCCACCUGUCACACAAGGACACGUUGAAAAUGUGUGUGGAGCGUGCAAAUCUGUGGCUUUCCAACUCAAACCAGCCAAUUCAGCCUAAUUCUAGUGUCACUUACACUGGCUUGAGAGAGAAGCUAAACAAGAUUAUGGCUUCGGACUACUUCACAACAACCCCACAGAUUAUAGCUCCUAUUCAAGUGGCUGCAGCUGUGGGAAAUUUUACUUCUUUUCAGGGUCUGCUGCAUCGUUCUAUAAUUCCUCAUGUUGGUGUCAUUGGCCCUGUGGAAAGCUCAGCCGCAGGGUCUGAGCAAGAGGUCAUGCAGCGAGGAAGAUGGUUCUAGCUCACCCUCAACACCUGCCCCAUUGCACUCUUGGAAAAUUGAAGUUUGUUGGGUGAUGAAGUUAUAAUUUGCAAGCAUUUUAGACCUGGAUCGUGCUUUCAGUUUUAAAGUUGCGUUUCUUCUUAUUUUGGUUGGACAUUUGAUGCCUUUGUUUGACUUACAGACUCGAUCAGAAAUAAUGUGGAAGCCUUCUAGCAAAGUUUUUUAGGAGGAAGCCGCAGAAUUAUAAUGACGAUGGCAUUUAUAAAGAUGAAUUGCUGGAGAAGUUUGUCAAGUUCUGAUUAUCUUUAAAUUCUUGAAAACACAUUCUGGUUGGUUUUAUUUGACAUUAAUAUCUAAUCUGCUCAAUUUAUUCAGAAAGCAUCAGAGGUGGAAAGCACAUUAGGACUCCAUAUGCAGACUGAGCAGAGGAUAUGCAACGGUCAUGGAGAGCAUCUCAUCAAGGGCAUACCGCAUACCAGCAUAUGCUGAAUUGGUAAAGGGCGGAUAACGUCUGAAAUGGGGUUGGUCCAAACGUCCUCACCUCUUAAUGUACAACUUUGCCAAAAACAUUUGUGAUCUCCUCUGAAAUGGUAAGACUGUGAUAUUUUUGUGGUCA